AUGGCUGCGGAGGGAACACGUGAACCGUCUUCUGGAGACGAGGACGAAGUCCCUCAGUUUGAGGACGCCAGCGACUCUGAUGGAGGGAGUGUGGAAGAGGAGGGGAGUGACGGAGGAGGGAGUGAUGGGGACGAGGAGAAGGAGGAGGAGGGGGAAGAGGCCGGAGAGGAGGGCAACGCAGACUCGGGCUGGGCCGACGCCAUGGCCAAGAUCCUGGGGAAGAAGACGGAGCAGAACAAGAGCAGCAUCCUGGUGAAGAACAAAGAACUGGACAAGAUCAAGGAGAAGGAGAGGCAGGAGCAGCUGGAGAGGAAGAAGCAGGUGGAGAAGAAACACGCCUGGGAGACGAUGUGCAGGGAGAAACCCAACGUGGUCAACGACCGAGAGCGGGAGAAGGCUCUGCAGAGGAUCGCCACCAGAGGAGUGGUGCAGCUCUUCAACGCCGUUAAGAAGCACCAGAAGACCAUGGACGACAAGCUGAAGGAGGUGGGCGGCUCCGAGAGGAAGAAGGCCAAGAUCCUGACGUCCGUGUCCAAGAAGGACUUCAUCGACGUGCUGAGGGGGGAGGAGGGGGGCGGCCGGGGCGCCGGCAGGGCCGACAAGCAGCCGCCUGCAGCCGAGGAGAAGCCGGCCUGGAGCGUCCUGAGAGACGACUUCAUGAUGGGCGCCACCAUGAAGGACUGGGACAAAGAGAGCGGGGGCGAGGAGCAGGAGGCGUGA